AUGCCGCUUCGUUCACUAGUCCUCUACGAUGCCUGGAACGACAACGAGGACCUGAGCGGAAGGGCCCAGAGCGCAUCGUUGGACAUGGACAAGGCCUGCGAGGAUGCCAUCGCCAUCGGGGCAAGCUGUGGACCAGGCUUAGACGAAAGACUGCCCAUGAAGCAGAUGCCAGGGGCCCCACAGUCACAGGUGACCGGCGCCGCGUCGCUUCUUCCCUUUGUGUACUCGGAGGCACUUCCGGAAGUGCUCGGGUUUUCCUUCGAGCGCCACAUUGCAACCGCGGAGAGUUUGGGUAAAUGGGUGGCAGCCGUUUCUUCCAUGAUGGGUGAUGCGCCCAGCAUGUGCUCGAAGACCGCUGGACAGCCCAUGAACUUUCCCCCCAAGGAGAAGGUGGCUCCCAGAGCAUUGAAAGAUGGGGCGGCUUAUGGUGGGACUCUCCUCGCCAAGUUCACGUACAAUGUGCCAUUGGCCCUCCUCGACACUCUCUCAUCAGCCUCGUCCGUGCUGGGUCAGGCGGUGGUGUUCAUAACGGCCCUUUUCUACCUCCUCUCUGCCAAGGAAUCCUGCCUUGCGGUGGUAGGGGAGUUCCUGAGGGUCGUGGACCAGAAGCAGGUUAUCUUCCGCAUCAGCGAACGUGUCAUGCGAGCCGUGCUGGUUUCCGCGAUGAAGAUGUCGGCGUUCCAUGCCUUGUUUACUUGGCUACUGUAUUCCUUCGGCUGGACCCCUGGAUCUGCAGAAGUUGCAGAAGUUGCAGAUGGAACGCCAUUACAUCGGAGCACCUGGGAAGGGGAGCUCCCGAUCGUUGUGGUCCCCACGGUCCUCUCCGCCAUCCUGGCUUUGGUGCCUAAGGUAUCGCCAGUGUGGAGCGUGUCCGUCUGGGCUGCCGUGUAUCUGUGGUGGCAGGGCGAGAAGGCUUGGGCAGUCGUGUACGGUGCCCUGAACUUCGCCGUGUGGUUUCAGGUUCCUACUGUCAUUUAUGCUGAGAUCCCCGAGUCCAAUGCCUGGCUGACGGGCCUUGGCGUCGUGCUCGGGGUUGGUCAGUUUGGCUUGGCCGGGGUCGUGCUUGGCCCCUUGCUUGCCUCGGCCAGGGCCUCAAAAUCCCAAGGCCCUACGUAA